AUGAACAGCACCCUGCUCCCUCCAGGCAUCACCUCUGCCGAGGCGGGGCCGGGGCCCCCCCUCUGUGCCCAGCACGAGGAGCGCCUCAAGCUCUUCUGCGAGGAGGAGGAGGAGGCCAUCUGCGUGGUGUGCCGGGAGUCCCUGCACCACCGCUCCCACACCGUCUACCCCAUCGAGGAGGCCGCCCAGGUGUACAAGGUCAAACUCCACAAAUCCCUUGAGCACCUUUUGAAGGAAGUGGAGGAGGUGAAGAAGCGUGAGUCAGCAGAGAGGAUGAAAACCCAGGAGUGCAAGGAGACAGUGAAGAAGAAGAGGGAGAGGAUUGUGAGUGAGUUUGGGAAGCUCCAUCGGCUGCUGGCCGACGAGGAGAAGCUGCUGCUCCAGAAGCUGGAGGAGGAGGAGAAGCGGAUCCUGCUGCUGAUCAAUGAGAACCUGGCCAGGAUGGUGGAGCAGAAGUCCUUGCUGGAGGAGCUGAUCCUGGAAGUAAAGGAGAAGACCCAGCAGCCAGCUGAGGGGCUGCUCAAGGACAUGAAAAGCAUCCUGAGCAGGUGUGAGGGGGUAAAGUUCCAGUCCCCCAAGGCUGUGUCUGUGACCCUGAAGGAGAACUACAGCAUCCCCGAGCACUGCCUGGGCAUGAGGGACAUGCUGAAGAAGUUCAAAGUGGAUGUGACUCUGGACCCCGAGACGGCGCACCCCGAGCUCAGCCUGUCCGAGGACCGCAAGAGCGUGCGGCGAGGGGGCAAGAAGCUGCUCCUGUCCCUCUUCGACCACCCCAAGAAAAUGCUGGGCAGCCAGGUCUUCUUCUCGGGCCGCAGCUACUGGGAGGUGCAGGUGGGAGACAAGCCCGAGUGGGGCUUGGGGCUGUGCCGGGAGUCCGCCAGCCGCAAAGGCAACGUCCUCUUCUCCCCAAACAACGGCUACUGGGUGCUGCGGCUGCAAAACGGGGGCAGCUACGAGGCCCUGACCUCGCCCGUGUCCCCGCUGGCCCUGAGCGUGAGGCCCCGGCGUGUCGGGGUCUUCCUGGACUACGAGGCAGGAGAAAUCUCCUUCUACAACGUGAGCGACCGCUCCCACCUUUACACCUUCACCGACGAGUUCUCGGGGAACCUCCGGCCUCUCUUUUUCCUGGGUGCCUUUUUGGGGGGCAGGAACGCAGAGCCCCUGGUGAUCUCCUGGGCAGAGACCUGGGAGCCCGACCGGCUCCUCCUGGGAGCAGGAGAGUGA